AUGAACUUUGCGCUGGGCUACAAACCUGUGCAGCUGGAGGAUUCGAGCACCAUGGAUAACCUGGAGAAGCAGCUCAUCUGCCCCAUCUGCCUGGAGAUGUUCACCAAGCCUGUGGUUAUACUGCCCUGCCAACACAACCUCUGCAGGAAGUGUGUCAACGACGUCUUCCAGGUAAGAGGGGAGGACGUUUUUUUGCAUCACUCUCUUGUUCUGAGGCCAUGUGUAGUCCAUUAGUGGUCCAGCAGUGGUCUGUGAUUUUGGAGCCAUGAUUCCACUGUUUCCAGGUGCUGAGCAGAGUACAUGUCUUAUGAGUAGUGCUGUUUAGCUUCGACUGCCCAUGACACCCAUAGUUACUUGUGAAAGUAAAAAAUACACAGUGAGGUGUUAUGGCUCUAAGGGGGAUCACAGUGUUAGAGCAGAACAUGAUCUCUAUUUAUCAUGGCAUAAACCGGGCCUUGGAGAGCCAUUCUUUGUACAAUCAUAUCAGUUACUCUCAAAGACCAUGAAGGGGGACUCAUACCAUACACUGAAUGUACAAAACAUUAGAAAAAUAUUGAGUUUCACCCCCUUUUGCCCUCAGAACAGCCUCGAUCCGUCGGGGCAUGGACUCUACAAGAUGUCGAAAACAUUCCACAGGGUUGUUGGUCCAUGUUGACUCCAAUGUUUCCUACAGUUGUGUCAAGUUCAAUGGAUGUCCUUUGGGUGGUGGACCAUUCUUGAUACACACAGGAAACUGUUGAGCGCAAAAAACCCAGCAGCGUUGCAGUUCUUGACACACUCAAACCGGUGCGCCUGGCACCUACUACCAUACCUCGUUCAAAGGCACUUAAAUCUUUUGUCUUGCCCAUUCACCCUCUGAAAGGCAAACAUACACAAUCCAUGUCUCAAUUGUCUCAUGGCUUAAAAAUCCUUCUUUAACCUGUCUCCUCUACACUGAUUGAAGUGGAUUUAACAGGUGAAAUCAACAAGGGAUCAUAGCAUUCACCUGGUCAGUCUAUGUCGUGUUCCUAAUGUUUUGUACACUCAGUGUAUAUACAAAACAGACAUUACUGCAAUAGUGUGUUCAGAUUCCCACUCCCUCACCAGUUUGAGUGUGCCAAGAACUGCAAAGCUGCUGGGUUUUUCACGCUCAAGAGUUUCCCGUGUGGAUCAAGAAUGAACCACCACCCAAAGGACAUACAGCCAACUUGACACAACAGUGGGAAGCAUUGGAGUCAACAUGGGCCAGCAGCCCUGUGGAACGCUUUCGAUACCUUGUAGAGUCCAUGCCCCGAUUAAUUGAGGCUCUUCUGAGGGCAAAAGGGGGUGCAACUCAAUAUUAGGAAGGUGUACCUAAUGUUUUUUUUACACUCAGUGUAUAUCUUUGGUCCUGUUGAACCCUUCAAUUGACUGUUCGAACUGAAGGAGCCAUUCAGAUAUGAGAGACUCCAACAGCUGCCUCAGUCCUAGGGGAGAGAGAGGAUGCAACAAGCUCUGCCUCUCAGGUCGUGGCCUUUAGUGGAAAGCAACAGAGACUGGUGGGAGGAGCUAUAUGGGGACGGGCUCAUUGUAAUGGCUGGAAUGGAAUAAUGAAAUGGUAUCAAACAUAUGGAAACCACAUAUUUGACUCCGUUCCAUUGAUUCCAUUCCAGCCAUUACAAUGAGUCUGUCCUCCUAUAGCUCCUUCCACCAGCCUUCUCUGGUGGAAAGUGGUCUACUCAUCACAGACCAAGACAGGAUACAUUUCACUUAUUUAUAGUAAUUACUAACUACUCCACAUAGUCUGAACUAUUUGGCCUUAUUCAACAUAAACAUUUCAGUCUACGGUGUCCACAGCCUUAAUCACUUUUGGUUGAGGUCUUCGUCAUGAAGUAUCGACUGUAGAGGAUCAUAUCUGCUGGUGUGCAAGGAGAAGCUCUGAGAAGUUUGUUGCCAGGCAACAAGACAAACCAAUAUUUAGUGGCAGGUGGAUGGAUCAGUGGCUCCGUAGAUUAACGUUAGUUUCUGUGUGAAAGGUCCCUCACACUGACUGACAUGAUCAUGGGUUGUGGGUCUAUCCUGGCUAAGCUGUCUAGCAAUGUUAGUCUUCUUGAUAUCAUAUCACCUUUGAGGCCUUAAAGAGGUGUGUAACUCAGUGGUAGGUCACUUUGUACCCAGUGUUAAGCACUGCUCAGUGCAGAAUCAUGUUUUGGUUUCCUCUUGAGUACACAACAUACAGUAUCUGUGUCAAACAGCUGUUGUCCAUAUCCUCCCUUAACUCCUCAAUACCCCCAGUUAGAGUGAUGCUUUACCCUUUGACUCCACUACCCCCCUCUGACCCUCCCCACCCAGGCUGCCAACCCCCUGUGGCAGUCUCGAGGGUCCAGGUCUAUGUCCACGGGGGGGCGGUUCCGCUGCCCGUCAUGUCGUCACGAAGUGGUGUUGGACCGUCAUGGUGUGUAUGGCCUACAGAGGAACCUGCUAGUAGAGAACAUCAUAGACAUCUACAAACAAGAAGAGUCCAGCAGGUCAGGUGUGUGUGUGUGUGUGUGUGUGUGUGUGCGUGUGUGUGUGUGUGUGUGUGUGUGUGUCUGUGUCUGUGUGUGUAAGGGGUACGUGACUGCUUUCUGUAAGUAUCCACCUGAACCAGAAUGCUCACCAAAUGUCAACAUCAUCCAUACAACGUGCCUUCACACUUCUGCUGACCUCUGUUGACUUGUCAUGUCAACAAUAGCCAUGUCAACAGUAGCCAUGUCAACAGUAGCCAUGAGCACAAGGCAUGUGCUACUACUACAACCUUAGGUGAACUCAGCCAUGAAAUAUUGCUUCCAAAAUAUUCACUGCUCAUGCAACAGACCUAGGCAUCUGUUUUUAUUCUAAUGGUGUCACUAGAGCUUCUGUGUGUGUUCAUCAGCUGUGUCAUUUUAACAUACCAGGAAUAUGGAAACCUCAGUCCCUGGCAGUCCUCAAUGUUGGUGUUAUAACAAGCACACUUUAUCGCUGCCUCGAUGGAGUGGUAAACAUGAGAACCAUAUGUCCUCUUGUGGCAUUGACACAGCUACAGACGUGUGAUUCUGGGGGUUAAGUACCAUAGAUUUUAUAUUUGGGAAGUGCUGCAAUUACUGUAGGUGCAUUGUAUUACCAUUCUAGGGUUAGGGUUAGUACUUUUAUCCUACUUUCUAUCCUAAUCCUACCACUCUUUGGACCUGUAUGGUGCUGGAUGUCGGCUCCGUCUGGCUUUCAACUUAUUCCAGAAAACCGAGUGCCUUCAAACACAUCAAAAAAAAUAAAGACAUUAAGUUACAUAUUUAAAAAAAGAAACAAAAAAGGUAUAUACCACGAAGUUACUUCAAUGCCGUAAAACAGACAAUAGCCUAACAUUUCCAGGUGAAUAGGUGAUCCUAUAGCAGUAACCUCAAGCGGUGGGGGUGGGGGUGAGGUCAAGAAUCUGGAGGAAGUGUAUGGAGCUGUUCGAAAUAGGAUACCAUCGGGCAGUAAUGUCUGUUUACCAGUAGAGAGCAGUACUGUAAUUUAUUACUACUGGGUGUUGUAAAAGCGCAUUACGGCCAUAUUUAAAAGCCCUUGGUCUUUUUGGCUGUAAACAAACGAACAAUUUAUAUUCCAUCGCUGAAUGUGUAGUAUGUGGUAUAUAUUCGUUCAACGACAGAAAUAGGACCCAUCUCUGAGUACACAGUCUCACUUUGUAUAGAAGGCCACUGGGUGGCAGUCUUUUCCAAUAUAUAUAUCGUUUGGAAACCUGUAGCAAUAUUACAGCUUUUUCAUGCCUUGUCACUUGACACGAUAAAUAUAAAAUAUAAUAUAAUUACAUCAAGGGAAGUACUUUUGGUCUGUAACACAGAUUUGAGCUAUAUGAACAAUCUAUCUAAUUACACUCGAAAUUAUAUUCCUCAAUUACAUUUAUCGACUUUGUAAAUUGGCUUGCAGUUAUAUUAUAGCAUCUCAACCCAGCAGAGCAACGGAGAGAAAUGAAACAUUACCAAAGCUAGUUCAUCAUCAGCUGUUCCAGUGACUGUGAAACGAAGAGUGGACUUUUCCCCUGGAGAAUGGUGGUCAAUAGCUGUAAAUUACAUAUGAGGUAAACUGUUGGUGAAAUCCCCUAAUUCCUUGUAAGGGCUGUUCCCAUAAGGAUAUUUCCUCUGUCAUGGACAGAAGUGAUGAGUCUCAUAAGACAGAGGCAGCUGUGUGUGUGUGUGUGUGUGUAUGUGUGUGUGUGUGUGUGUGUGUGUGUGUGUGUGAUUGAGUGUCUCUAUAACAGGUAAUUCCUUUACUUCUGUGUCCCUGCAGGCCCCUGAACCCCACCAAGGUGGAGCAGCAGCAGCUGAUGUGUCAGGAGCAUGAUGAGGAGAAGAUCAACAUCUACUGCCUGAGCUGUGAGACGCCCACCUGCUCCAUGUGCAAAGUGUUUGGCCAGCACAAGGACUGUGAGGUGGCCCCCUUGCAGAACGUCUACAAGAGACAGAAGGUAAGGAAACACCCUGACUCAGGGCCAAGGGUCUGAUUGUGAUGUCACUCUAUAUCCGAGUGGCGCAGUGGUCUAAGGCACUGCAUCGCAGUGCUAGCUGUGCCACUAGAGAUCCUGGUUCGAAUCCAGGCUCUGUCGUAGCCGGCUGCGACCGGGAGACCCAUGGGGCGGCGCACAAUUGGCCCAGCGUCGUCCAGGGUAGGGGAGGGAAUGGCCGGCAGGGAUGUAGCUCAGUUGGUAGAGCAUGGCGUUUGCAACGCCAGGGUUGUGGGUUCGAUUCCCACGGGGGGCCAGUAUGAAAAAUAAAAGUAAAUAGAAAAAUAAUGUAUGCUCUCACUAACUAACUGUAAGUCGCUCUGGAUAAGAGUGUCUGCUAAAUGACUAAAAUGUAGGCUGUCUGUCUUCCUGUCUGUUAGAUCGUCCUUACAAUGAAAAGGAAUUAUCCCAUAUAACAGCUUACUUACUUUGUCACUCUCUAUUCAUCAUGUCCCCCAGAGAGAGAUUUGAAUGUUAUUUAAAGUGGUGUGUGUGUGUGUGUGUGUGUGUGUGUGUGUGUGUGUGUGUGUGUGUGUGUGUGUGUGUGUGUGUGUGUGUGUGUGUGUGUGUGUGUGUGUGUGUGUGUGUGUGUGUGUGUGUGUGUGUGUGUGUGUGUGUGUGUGUGUGUGUGUGUGUGUGUGUGUGUGUGUGUGUGUGUGUGUGUGUGUGUGUGAGUGCUGAGUGUAGUGACAGCAGACAGAUGUAUUGAGUUGUGGCUGUCCUGCGGGGGUUCUCACACUGUGCGGGCCGGGUCUCACCUCACAUGCAUGCACACACACACACACGCGCCAUGGCCCUGUCAGCCUGGUGGCACGACAACAGCUAAUGUUGUAUAUCACACCCCUGAGUCGUGUGCAGCAUUCGUGUCUGUCUGUCCUUCAUGUGGACACACACACAAACACACAUACACAGCGGUGCCCUGGUCUGCUGCCACUAAUUUCUACUCCCAACCUUUCUCCCUCUAACUCACUCACUAUAAACUCUCAUGCCAAACUGGUCAUCUCACUCCCCUCUCUCUCAAAUCUCCUCCACCUCUGGCCAUGCUGUGUACUGUCGGCCCAAGCAGAGAGAGGCAUGCCUGAACAUUAGCUCCUAUAGUUCUCCCUGGCACUCUCUCUCUCUCUCUCUCUCUGAGUGACUCAUCCAUCCACAGCACUGGGACUUGAGUCAUUCUCCUCUGAGCUCAAGUCAGAGGCUCAGCUCCUCCCUUGCUGCUGGCUGCCCGCUAACUAGCUCUUCUCUCCAGCAUUAAGGUGAACGUUGACUAAUAUCAAAGUGAGAGUCCGUCUAUACCAGCCUGGAGGACACCAUAUGGUGGGACUCAACUGAAGGUCACUUGUUAAGGAUGGACAAUGUGUCUGGCUGUUGAGUAAUACUAAAGACGAACGCCACCCACACAAACAUGAUUCAUACAGUUGAAAGUUUACAUAUGUACUAUAUCUACUUACAUAAGCUAAAACAGUAUGAAUGGACCAUAGCAACAGACAUGUUAUUGAGCAGAUGGCUUUGGUGACAUUUUUCUUUGCACUCAUUGCUCACUCAAUGUUUUAUGCAUUGUUAAAAAACAACACUUUAAAUAUUUCAAUUUUCACAAUUGUGUGAACUACCACCUAAUGCAGGGUUUCCCAAGCCUCUACUCGCACCCUAACCCUACCCCCCCCCCCAUUAAAAUAGUAAACUAAUCAUCAAGCCUUUGAGUAAUUGAAUCCGGUGUGCCAGUUUAGGGUUAAAACUAAAAUGUGAAACGUCUGGGGGGGCCCGAGGAGAGGGUUGGGAAACCCUGACCUAAUGUGUUAGUGCAGGGUUGGAACAAAAGCCUUCUUAUCCUUUAGUCCUCCAGCAGGACCAGGGUUGAUGACCACUGGUGUAGUGAGUACAUUUGAGACAUUGACUCAUCAUGCUCUGUUGUGAUUGGCUAUAGACGGAGCUGAGCGACAGCAUCACCAUCUUGGUGGCGGGGAACGACCGUAUCCAGGCCCUCCUCUCUAAGAUGGAGGAGAUCUGCAGGACAAUCCAGGUGAGAAUGUCACCCACUACAACCACUCACACUUCUCACCUCACAGUCACAAUCACUCACUGUGGGGUCACCACACACACUACUCACAUCACUGUGAAGAACCUGUUGUAUUGUAAUAACUAGCAUGAAUAAAUAGUAAUAAAUGAUUUAUAAACUAUUGAUACGCUGAACAAAAAUAUAAGCGUUACAUGUAAAGUGUUGGUCCCAUGUUUCAUGAGCUGAAAUAAAAGAUCCCAGACAUUUUCCAUAUGCACAAAAAUCGUAUUUCUCUCAAAUGUUUGGCACAAAUUUGCUUACAUCCCUGUUAGUGAGCAUUUCUACUUUGCCAAGAUUAUCCAUCCACCUGACAGGUGUGGCAUAUCAAGAAGCUGAUUAAACAGCAUGAUCAUUACACAGGUGCACCUUGUGUUGGGGACAAUAAAAGCACACUCUAAAAUGUGUAGUUUUGUCACACAACACAAUGCCACAGAUGUCUCAAGUUUUGAGGGAGCGUGCAAUUGGCAUGCUGACUGCAGGAAUUUCCACCAGAGAAUUAAAUGUUCUAAAACAAGCUGAAAAUGUCUCAGUUCUUCCAUGGCCUGCAUACGCACAAGACAUGUCACCCAUUGAGCAUGUUUGGGAUGCUCUGGAUCGACGUGUACAACAGCGUGUUCCGGUUCCCGCCAAUAUCCAGCAACUUCGCACAGCCAUUGAAGAGGAGUGGGGACAACAUUCCACAGGCCACAAUCAACUCUAUGUGAAGGAAAUGAUUUGUGCUGCAUGAGGCAAAUGGUGGUCACACCAGAUACUGACUGGUUUUCUGAUCCACGCCCCUACCUUUUUUUAAGGUAUCUGUGACCAACAGAUGCAUAUCUGUAUUCCCAGUCAUGUGAAAUCCAUAGAUUAGAGCCUAAUUAAUUUAUUUCAAUUGACUGAUUUCCUUACAUGAACUGUAACUCAGUAAAAUCGUUGAAAUUGUUGCAUGUUGCGUUUAUAUUUUUGUUCAGAAUACAUAUAUUUUUCUAUACAAAUGUAUAAGCAUUUAUAAAGGCUUAUUCAUGAAAGUUAUUAUAAAGUGUUCAAUGGGUGUCUGUGUGCAGGAGAACGGGCGUCGUCAGAAGCAGAGUCUGUGUGAUAAGUUUGACGGGCUCUAUGCCAUCCUGGAGGAGAGGAAGGAGGAGUUGGUGGGGAUGAUCAGCCACCAGCAGGAUGACAAGCUGGGUUACGUCCACUCCCUCAUGCGUCGCCACGGAGACCACCUGGAGGGUUCCGUCAAGCUGGUGGGGACAGCCAUCCAGUCCAUGGAGGAGCCACAGAUGGCCGUGUUCCUACAGGUAGGCACUAUGGAUGGAACACUAGCCCUGAACCUGGGUGCACUGUCUGGCCUCAGUAACUCGACCUGGGGUGUGUACCGGUAUGUCUUUGAAUGGAAUGGAAUGAUGGUCAUUCCAGCACGAUUACCGGUAUAUGUUAAGAUAUACCUUCUUGAGCAGAAAAUGUGCCUGUUUCAGCCCCUCGGAAACUGCACUAGAAUCAGAGUUGACUGUAAUAUGAUCAGUUGUUUGAUCAAUAGCUCUGCCCAAUCCACAUGAGACAUGAUAAGGCAUAAAGUAAUAACAGUGAUGAUGAGUCACAGACACCAUAGAGACUAUAGUCCCCCCCUCUCACCCCUGACCUGAACAAAUGACAGUCUACAUCCUGUACAUGCUGGGACCGGGCUCAUUGAUAUGCCCAAAGAUGCAGUAAAGGAUCCUUUCAUCCUUUAACUCAGGUUUAGAGAAACCACUAUCGAUGAUCAAUGGGGUGUCAUGCAGUGCUUCGCCCUCUCUGGCUUCGCCGUAUCGAGCAGGGGAGGAGUGAUGAGUAGAAAGCCCAGCAGGGGAGCCUUGUCGGCGGGGACACUGCUUUUAAAAACACCCCUAGGAACUCUGGUCCUGUGAUUCUCUGAUCACGCACACUGUAACCCUGUGGAGGUGAUUGACACCGCUCUCCAUCAAUACACUGGAAGCAUCCUCUGGAGUUCCAGCCCCAGGGGUCAGGCAUUGAUCAACUGGUGACAAACCUACACACAAACACACACACCUACCUCCCCUGCGGGGGACUCCUGCCUCAUUCUUUGACUGCUGGCCUACUGGCCUUCAAUACAAUGUAAUAGAGCAAGGUGGGACGACGUGCCCCUUGCUGCAGACCGCAGGUAGUUUAAACCCCCGCCAGGCGAGAGAUAGAUGGUGCCAUUCAUGCCAUUCAUCCAACACUCCUCUCCUCCAUGCAGGUCCCUUGCUUUAUAAAAAGCUACAGAUUGAGUGAAGGCUCACAAUCUAAGUGUCUCUUUAUUCAACUCCUUCAUUGUCCAUGCUACAAGCACUUUGUUUUGUCAACCGAUUUAGGGCUCUAUUCAAUCUGUAAACCUGAGUGAUACAGAUCCCACAAUAGAAAUGUCAAAGUAAUUUCCGAUUGAGCCGACAUAUGCAGCGUUUACUGUGAAUGCAGUCUCCGCUAAAGCGGAAACAUUGCCUUUAAAUUUCAAUCACGCUGUAAAUCUGAACUUCCGCGAUGCGGAUUGAAUAGAGCCCUAACUGUUAGCGCUAGCGUGAGUGUCAGUGUCAGGACCGUGGCAGGUGCACGUUUUAUGAAUGACUCAAACUGAGCGAGUGAUUCAGAAGAUCGAGAGAAGAGGAUGCUAUAGAAAUUAAAUGAAUUGUAAAUGAAUAAAAAUGAUAUAAAACUCUACAAACUUAUUCUAGAGUAUAUAUAGCACUAAUUUACCUCAGAAAUUGAAGUGCAGGAAUUGAAACUACACGCAAUAGCCUACUGAUCAUUUAUUUUCUCCACAGAGCAUCAAAGAUAUAUUUAAACAGUAAGUAAAAUUCUUAUUUUCAUCUGUUUAGUGUUCCAUUCUGCUUCUUAUGGGGUGUUUAGCUGGAAAGUCACAAAUUGCAUUACAUUCACUAACACAAGCACUAAAAUAAACUAACACACCAAUUGCAGUGACUGUAAACUGAAAGUAACUGCAUGAGAGAUGUGUGUGGUUUGCAGUUAUGUGUGAUUGCUGGCUGCUGAUAGCUAAUGCAUCAUAAUGAAGCUAUCCACCUGUAGAGUUAUCGAGCAGACCUACCCAGCCUGCGUCACUACCAGCCACAGGGACGGGGGACGGGGGACGCUGCCAUCCAUUGCUGUCGUCACCUAUUUGUUUGUCUCUGAGUUGUGACCUCCCCACUGCGUCCUUGUCAGGAUCUCUGCCACUGCCAAGGCGUCCAACAUGGAGCGUCCAGAGCCGGGUUAUGAGAGCAUGGCCCAUUUUGUCGUCAACACAGAGGAUGUGGCAGACAUGCUAAGGACCAUUGACUUCAACACAGGUAGGGCCUCAGGUAGCUGUACAAUACGACCAUAUAUGGAGAGUUUGGCCAUUAAGUAUGAAAAAAUUUAUGCACUCACUAACUGUAAGUCGCUCUGGAUAAGAGCGUCUGCUAAAUGACUAAAAUGUAAAAUGUAAGGUUUCUCUAUAUUUGACUUUAGCCUCAGGUAAGUGACGUCAGUGACACAUCAUUAGCUCCAAACAUUACCCCUGAAAUCGCACGUUCAAGACCAUUUCCCUUGUUUUUGUUGGUCUGUCUUAAUGUGGUGCGCUGUAUGUGGUCGCAGGUUCCCAGGGAGAGGAUGGAGAGGAUGGUUAUGAUCUGGAUGAGGGGGGUCAGGACCUGGCAUCACUGGCAGCGGUGGACGUAGACUAUGGGAGAUACCAGUAGUUGAAAAGGAUCCCUCAGGUUAAUAUCAAAAAACAAACCAGCAUAUAGUAUGCUGCUCCUCUGCUUUAUUCCUGUACCCACAUUUACAACAUUUAGGCUACAAACCCAAAGGCUUUUAUAUAUAGUUUCUUAUGACAUCAGUCUUAAACAUUGCCCUAAAGGCUGAAAUCAAGUGUUUCUUGUCCAGAAUAUGGAUCACUUGUCUUGUUUACCUCACAGCAUACUCAUUUCAAAUGGAAAGACGAUGCAUUAUUUUUCCUCUGUGAUCAAUCAAUUCCAUAUUCCCCUAGCUACCUCCAAAUGUACAACGAUCCAUCUUAAAACCAAAGAGACCCUUCAGCCUCACAGCGUCACUGUAACAUGCCAGAGAUGAAUAAACUGGAAGCACACAUUUCAUGAAUGGCCACGGUCAGAUAUUCCAGCGCUGUUAAAAAGGCCAAAAGCUCUGCCUCCUGGUGCCUUGGGACCUCAGCUUGAUAGGUAGUGAAGAAUAGACCUUUCCUGCAUCUCCAGGGACACACAUACACACACACAUACAUCUGAGCCAUGCUUUUAUAACCUGUUUCAUUACUUAUAAUACAUAGUUAGAAAUAACAUAGUUAGAAAUAACUAUUGCCCCACCUUGCAUGUGCUGGGUAUUUUGGGGUUGUUGUAGAUAAAUGGACCUGACCCAGAGUGCUCAAAGGAGCUGACCUUGUCACUGGGGCUGUCGACCCCUGAUUGAUUGAUUGAUUGAAGGAAGGGAGGGGACACACACGAGGGGAUAAACAGAGCCGGGACAGGGAGUAAUUUAUUGAGAAUUCUGGUGGGAUGAUGAAGAUGUGUGUAUGUGUGUGUGAACACCACAGUGAGAGUUUCCUGACUAUGAAUGGAGACAGAACACUGGAGGCCGUCAGACAUGGAUCAGAGGUUGACGCAUGUCGUUUUCUGGCAACAAGCUGUUCCAACAUCAACUCUUCACACUACAAGAAGGAUAAGACAGAACAGAAUGGCCAAUUCCAUGAUCCGUGACAUGUACAUUAAUCAAAUCAAGCUUUAUUUAUAC